AUGGCAAACUAUAAUAAAAGUGAUUUUUUCUUAUUUAUUAAUAUAAAUUCUUCAAUUUUACCGCUAUCAUAUUCUGAAAAUAGCAGUACUUUACAUUCAUCAUCAGAUAGUACAAAAAAAAAUAUUUCUGAACAUUUAAAAUUGGUUGAACGUUUAACAACUCAUAUAACACUUAUUGUUUCUAUUAUUGGUUUAAUUGGUAAUGCAUGUACAAUAAUUGUACUUAAUAGACAAUCAAUGCGUAAAUGGCGUUCGUCAAUAUUACUAUCAUCGUUAGCUGCUGUAGAUUUUCUUUAUUUAUUAAUUAUAUUUUUAUCAAUUAUUGAUGAACUAACAAAUCAAACAAUUGGUCUCAAUCAGUCAUUAAUAUUAUGUCAAGUAACUGUUUAUAUAACACAUGUUUGUUCAUUUUUAUCAGCUAGUUUUACAUUAUCAUUUACAUCACAACGUUUUAUUGCUGUUAUUUUUCCAUUACAUGCUAAAACAAUAAUAUCAAAUCGUUCAUCAAUAACAAAUAUAGUAGUAUUAUUAGUUUUUGGUUGUAGUUUUUAUUCAUUUAGUUUUUUUGUGACAAAUGUAUCACAUGGAAAGUGUAUAGAAGAUGAAACAUAUCCAGCUUUAUUUCCAUUAUUACUUGCCGAUAUAUGUUUAACAUUUGUCAUACCUUUUAUAUUUAUAGUUAUUUUUAAUUGUGCAAUUGUUUACCAAUUACAACAUAGAAAAAAAUUUUCAAAUUUUCUUGGUAAGUUAUUUUGUUUUUUAAAUAUUAUUUAUUUUAAUUGA